AUGUCUCAAGACCCGCCCCCUGGCACCAUCACCUUCGGCUCCGAUACCACGUGCGACCUGCACAGCUGCCCCGUGGAAUGGAGCAUCUACGGCUACCGUCCCUCUCUCGCCGCAAACGUCAUCUUUGUCGUCCUGUUUGCCAUUGCCGGCAUCGUCCACCUGUUUCUCGGCUUCCGGUGGAGGACCUGGGGGUUCACUAUCCCGGUCCUCAUCGGCUGCAUUACCGAGAUCAUCGGAUACGUGGGCAGGAUAAUCCUGUGGAAUAAUCCAUUCUCUUUCAUUGGCUUCAUUAUCCAGAUUGUCACUCUUACCAUUGCUCCCGUUUUCUACACGGCCUCCAUCUACGUGACGCUGUCGCAGUCCAUCAUGUUCCUCGACCCGAGCCUAUCCCGCUUCAAGCCCCAGCUGUUCUACUGGAUCUUCAUUCCCUUCGACAUCGUCUGCCUCAUCCUCCAAGCCGCAGGAGGCGCAAUGUCCGCCGAAGACACCGGCUCCGACCAGGCCGGUGUUGACAUUUCCCAAGCUGGUCUCAGCCUCCAAGUCAUCGUUCUGGUGGCCUUCAUCGUCGCUUUUGGUGACUACAUGUUCCGCUACAUUCGGUCCGGCCGCGCCUCCAACUGGGGCUGGCGCCUCACUGCCUUCUUCUCCGGCUUGACGACGGCGACGGUCCUCAUCCUGGCCCGUUGCGCCUACCGUGUGGCUGAGCUCAAGGACGGCUAUGAUGGGAGCUUGAUCAAGGAGGAAGCUACGUUUAUCGUGCUGGAGGGUGUUUUUGUCUUUUUGGCGGCCGUCGCGCUUUGCUUUGGGCAGCCGGGUCUGGGGCUGAAGCGAGAAGCUGUAGAGAGACGAAAGAUGGAGUCGGAUAGUGAUGAUGUUGAGAUCAAUCCCUUUGGGCCGCGAGUUUAA